GCCCACAGUCACACAGACAGACUUGCGAUUCAGCUAUGGACAAGGUGAGAAGAUACUCUCCGAUUACCCUGCUACUGGCUGUCUGCAUCUCUGCCCUGAUCCUGGCCAGUAAAGGAGAGGACUCAAUACAGGUCCAGUCUGAAGAAGACCGCCUACAACCAUCCAACAGCCUGGUGAGUUGACCUUCAAUUAUCACAUAAAGUAAUUUACUGUAUUGUUUGUUUUUUUUAUAAUUCAGAGCUGCGGAAUAUGUUUGUGCUUUAUAAAUGCCAGUCAUAAAUAAAUAAAAAUAGAACAGAGCUUUCAUUUUGAAUAAAUGCACUGCUAUAAAAUUGCUCUGCACUUAUAUAUUUCCUAUUACUUCAACGAGGUUAUUAAUGAAGUGUCAAUGUUUAGGAAUACAAAUUGGCCAAACGGAGACAAUUAACCUAGUUACCUAUGUAUUUAAUCUAGCUAUUCUGGUCUAAAAUUUGAAGUUCACUUUGCGCUCUCUUUGAAUUCCAAACAAUUCAAACUUUUACUAAUAUCCCUGUAAAAAUUCAGAGCCCAGUCACUAAUUUCUUCCGUACUGCUAUUAAUAUUUGCUCUGUUCAACAAUACUUGCAUGAAUACUAGCAUUGCAAGGGUGCUACAAACCAGAUGUCUUUUGUUUAUCGCCCCAACAUGGAAUAGCUACUUAUAAUUUCUAGAUAAAGAUUCCAAGGGGUUGAAAAGCCAAUUGCAUGAUAAUUGCAUUUAAUUAGUUAAUACAGUUUGUCCAAAGGAAUUCACAGUUUUUCCAGUUUUAUAUUUUGUGCAGAGGGCUACUUGGGUGGUUACUAAUAAUUAUUUUAUAUUAUAAAGGUCAUAGGUGGCAGAUAUUUAGACAUUAUUAAACAUGUACACACACACUACUCUUUUUUUAUUCUGGUGUAAUAUAUCUUUGCUGUUCAAUCAUGUUAUCAAACACCCACCUCUUUUUUUUUUUUUUUUACCUAUUGCAAUCAAUCUUUUAGACUGCCUGACGUAUCUGUACUCUCGGUCUCUCACGGUCUCCUUCUUGCUAAUCUCGUUUUAGGCAGUGGCUCUGGAAGAGAUGCUUGAAUAUAAUCAGAAUAAAGGAAUCAGCCUGCAGAAGAAAGCCAGCCAAGUGCCACGGGUGAGAAAUUGGGAUGGAGGAUGACAGAACAUAAGGAGGUGUCCUUAAGGGAGUUUGAGGAGUGUAGAGGAACAUAAAGACUGAGGCAGAAGUGGGAAGAAUUUAAGUAACUCCACUAAAGGUAUUUAAUUAUGAGAGUUGAAGUGAAGAAGAAUAUUUGAAAACAGAAUUUAAAAAAACCGAGGCUAAUAAAGCUAGCAAGACAAGAUUUAGAGUAGAACAGAUACAUGAUAUUUAAUUAGGACAACCAAAGACCAAACAGUAGGCAACAAAAAGUAGGCAUGCAUGUAAUAAGAAAGAAGGCUUGGAGAAGUGGGGCUAUAGAACAGAACAGAAGAGACCGAGGGAAUGAAUAAACUUCAAGAGAAAAUGUAGAGAAUAUGAAAGACUACAGCAUAGAAACAAUACAGCUAAGGCCAAGAGAACUGGGAAGACCAAAUAAGGAAUAAUAGGGAGCUAAGAGAAGAAGAGGUAGCUGUCAGUAUAAAUCACAAAUUUGAAGGCGCUAAGGUGGAAACCUAGAAAAUGUUACACGGGACAAAAUAAAUAGGGUGACCAUUAAACAAUACAGACAAGGGGUUGAGAGUUAUGAGAAUAAAACCGAUAUAGAGUGAGGUUAAAAGAAUAGAAAAAUUAAAGUGAGGCACCCAGACCACUUCAUCUCAUUGAAAUUGGCUGGGGUGCAGUGUCCCUGUCCCCUUAACCCUACAAUGUAAAUCAUUUAGAGAAACUGCGAUGCUUACCUUGCAGGGUUAAGACUGCCUCUAGUGGCCAUCUACCAGACAGUCACUACAAGCGCUCGUGAAGUUUCAUGGAUUUUGACUCCGUGAAAUGUUGGACAUCCUCAUGCAAAGCAUGGUGAAAAAUCCCAUAGUAAAGCAUAGAGGCAUGAGCAUUACAUUCCAGAAUCGCAGUGACGUUGGCGAGGUACAUUGGCGCUGGAAUCAGGUAAGUGAAAAGGUGGCAUUUAUUUGCAGACGGGGUGCUGGGUUGGCACAGGGAACUACAGUGUUAGGAACACGGUUUUCUAUUCCUAACAAUUUAGUAUUCCUUUAAGAGAACUAGGGAGAUCAAACAGCUUAAUGCCAAACUCUGUAAAUAUCCAUAAAUCUAUCAAUGAACCCAGCUUCUUUACACAAACAUAAUGCUAGACUCUGCAGAACUCUAAAAACUUUACAGUAAAUCAUGCUUCGCUAUGUAUCCUUAAUGCUACACUUUGCAGAUGUCCAUAAACUUUAUAAUGAACCAUGCUUCUCUAUAUAGACGUAGUGCUAAACUCUGUCAAUUAUUCCAUAAACUAUACAUUGAACCAUGCUUCUCUACACACAGAUAACAUAGAACCGGUAUUAUUCCUGAGUAUUAACACUGAACAUCUAUUUAACUGACUACAGAACUCAGCUGCUCCCAGUAGAUUUAUCUCAGACCUCUGCAUGUCUUUUAGAUCAAAAUGUGGAAUCCAUAUAUGUAUUUAACUCUGCAGUGGUAGCUGUGUUCAAGCUAUCAAGGACUUAUUCCGAGUCCAAUUGCAGAGUCCUGAUGAGUUCAUAUUACAGAAUGCUGGACUGCUUAGCUACUGAGCUGUUAUACUGAAUAAGAGGGACCAAAGCAAAUGAAGGCCUGUGCACUCUAAGUUGCAGUUCACUACAGUGAAACCUCGGAACGCGAACUUAAUCCGUUCCAGAAGGCUGUUCGAGUUCGAAUUUGCUUGAGCAAACAUUUCCCAUAAGAAUUAAUGUAAAUUUGAUUAAUCCGUGCCAGAACCCCCAAAUUACAGCAUUUUUUUAACAAUGCUUUGCAUGCAUAAAAUCAUAUAGGAAAAAAAUGAUAAUAAUUAUACCAUUGUGUUUAUAAUUUUUUUCCUUUAUGAGUUUAUGCAUGCAAAGCAUUAUUAAACUGUAAAGUUUGGGUUGAAAUGCUGUAAUUUUGGGGGUCUACAUUUCCAUUUCAUUUAUUGUACAUUUACAGUAAAUGAAAUGGAAAUGUAACUUCACUUGACCUGUAAUGGUGAGAGUGGAUGGCGUAAGUGGAAAGGAGAAGAGACAUGGGGAUAGUGAACUGUUCUUAUGGCAUUUAAAAUGUGUCUAAAGUGUGUCUUAUUGAACAUGUUUGUGGCAUGAUUUGUUGGGGUACAGAGGAUCAUUCGUGUACCGAGACAAUUUUUACUCGAAAUUUGUGUUAGACUUCCAAAUUGUUCAAGAAAGGGACUGUUCGAGUUCCGGGGUUCCACUGUGUAAUGUAUAUUUCACUUAUUGAAUAAUGUCUCUCUGUUUAUUUGUAGUGUGAUGUAGGCGAGAGGUGUGCCAUUAAGCAUGGACCACGGAUUGGAAAGCUGUGCGACUGCCUAAGAGGAACAUCUUGCAACACAUUCUUACUGCGAUGUUACUAGCGUCAGAGUGUCAGCUCUGUGACCCAACCAUCACCUACCCUCCGACUGUGCCAUAUCGACCACAUAUACACUAUACCCACUGCGCACAAGAUCCCUCAACUGAAUGGCUCACUCUGCACUGUAUACUUCUGUCUGAGUGCACAGACUGUGCACCUCACUGUGUGUAGUUUGUAUCAUCCUCUUUGCGCUUCAGUGAAUCCUUCCCCAUGAUACCUAAACGGUUUGGUUUGUUUUAACCAUCACCCUGAUGCCUUCCAUGUACACUGCUGUCUGAGUACAUAUAACCCCCUCAUUCAAUAAUUUUACCCCACAGGCAGAGUGCAUAUUCUGUGAACACAUGGCAGUCAUAAAACUUAAUCCUACACCAGUCCCACUCCUUGCAGCUAGCUCUAUGUAAAAUAAACCCCUCGUAGUCUUGCUCCGUGUUAUUUACAAUUUCUGUAUGGUUCCUUCGUUUGUCCUGUUUUCAAAGUCCAAAAUUUUUUUUGACCUAAUAUUUGUUUUCGUCCUGCAAAUUAAACGUAUCUCCGAACACCAAUGAGAUUGGACCACCCCAAACACUUGUAUUAAGUGACCCUGUGGUCUAUUUUCAGGUUCUUGUCUUUAUAUGCAACAGAGAAAAUGUGAUCGUAAAAAAAAUUUCAGGCUCCAUUACGAACAUCCUAUUUCUAAACAGAACUAAAGAUCAGAUUCUCGAAAGCUCCACAAUAAUUAGAUUUGCUUAUUGUGAUAGCUUUGACAAUGAACCAGUUUUUCUGUGUUAAGUCUGUAGAUAUACACACACACACACACACACACACACAACACACACACGAAAUAAAAAGUAACAAGAAGUACUGUGAAAUCUAAAAAAUGUCCUCACUACAAUACUUUGUCUUAUAUUACCUGCUGAACACAAUCAAAAUCUGCAUUCUACCACUUGCAGAAAAGCGUGGAAAAUCUCAAUUGUGUCAAAUAUCUAGUAAUUGUGUGUUUGUUAAAUUCCUCCCAAGUCUCCGUUUGUCUCUCUGACCUGUGGUCCUUACCUUGCUUUGUUAAAAAUUUCCUUUGAUAAAUGGCGUUUUUCCACCAUGCGAGUCACGAAAUGCCCUUGCACUUUUGUAGCGUAAGACUAGGAAUCCGUUAGAUGCCAAGCCCACAAUCUCAUCUUGCUUUCUGUAUCUUGUACAAUUCUAUGUAUGUCAGAUGACUUAAGUUGUGUUUUCUAUUAUAAUUUGUAGUUUAAAAAAAAAAACUUCCAACUGUCUACGUUUCUUCUUUUUUGGUUUAAGACAACUGUGAAUGUGUAUGACUGGAUGUGUGCAUUGAGAAAUAAACCAGGUAUUAAUGAAUAUUACUGUCUCCCAGGCUUCUGCUAAAACACAAACAG